UGUUUCAACGUUGCCUCACCAGAAUGUAUCCGAGAGGGAGCGCUACGCUAACUUUCAUGUCGAGGGUCAGGUGAUUUGUUCGUUUUUCUGGUUUUUCUUCAGAAAGUCAGUGAGCAGCAUUCGCAAACAGACGCACAGUUAUGCCCAACGACGGGUACAGGGCUCUUACCGAAGAUGCGCCCACGAAAUCGAGCGCUGUCUCUGCUCCAUCUGUGGCGGGAGCCCACUGCUCACGGCUGCGUGAAAUUGCCGUCCAGAUACCGCGCCGCCGCGCGUUCCGAAGACUGAGCUCUCGCAAUAACGACAGGAAGGCUCCGACAGUCAACGACGAAAACUGCCACUCGUCGUCGUCCUCUCCUUCACCGCCUCCCAAGCGUGAUGGUGCCGCCGGCCGGGAGCUCUAUUUUGACAUCGAGUCUUCGCCGUCGUGCACUCCCGAAGGUUGCCUAGUGUUUGUCGAUUCGAGCCCAGAACGCGAAGAAAGGCGCCAAAAGACUGUUAUUGUUCCACCCGAGGACGUGCUGCUGCCGUGUCCUCUCAGCCCCGAUGUGACGAGCCCCUUUGAGAGCGGCCCGAAAUGUUCUGGCAGCCCUCCCAGUUCACCUGCCGGCUGUCUCAACAUUACGGCUAGUAGCGGACCCAUAUGCCGCAUUUGCCACGAGGGAGACCAGACGGAAUCUCUGAUGUCGCUGUGCAAGUGCUCGGGGACCAUGGGCCUGCUGCACGUCUCGUGCCUGGAGCAUUGGCUGAACGCCCGGAACAUGGACUACUGCGAGCUUUGCCACCACCGUUUUCCCACCGCGGCCCAAGCCAACUGCGUGCGUCGGUUCUUCCACUGGGCUCUGCACGGCGACUCGCAACGUGCGGUGCUGGGAGACCUGUUCUGCUUCGCGCUCCUGUCGCCGGUGGCCGCACUCAGCUGCUUCUUGUGCGCCCACAACGCCUCUAAGCAAGCGCUGGAAGGCCGCGUCAUGGAGGCGGCCAGCCUGGUCACUCUAGCGGGCCUUUUGAUCACUGCCUACGUGGCCUGGUCGUUUCUCACGGUGCGCUUCCACUACCGAGCUUUCGCUGUGUGGCAGGCGCGGAAUCCGAUGCGGAGGAUUCUGGCGCCGCCCUUCGGCGGUGGAGCAGGCGGACUGGCCAGGAGGCCGGAAGGACAACCAGCGAGCCUAAGGGAGAUGGCGGACGUCGUGGCUGGAAGCGUGAACGAGACACAGCGCACGACGCAGCUUCAGGGAGCAGGCGGCCUACGACUGCCUCUGGAACCUUCGACGAAUGCUUCGCCGGAGGACCCGCCUUCCGCACCGCCGCAGUCUGUAUACGCGCUCGGGCCAUUCGCGGGUUUCUCGUACUGGUAGCGAUUUGGCUGGCAGUUUCGUUGAACCGUGUUUAUAUGUUUUAGUGUUUGAGGCUCGUGGCGCAUCAAUAUAUCUAUGUAAUUUAAACAUUUUUGGCGGAAUUUCAGAGCUGUCACUUAGCCUGUUUUAUCUUGUUUUUACUCGACGUGUUUAUUCAAAUAAAAGAUUUACUGCGUUUUAAAA